AGCCGGGGCCGCCCGAGCGGGCCGGCCGUGCCGCCGAGUGAGGCGGGAGCCCGGGGCUGCGGGCAGCGGCGCUGGAGGGCCGGAAGUGCCAACUUUAUAUGGCUCACAUGCAUGCUGACAACAUGCACCACCAGUGGCUGCUGCUAGCUGCAUGCUUUUGGGUGAUAUUCAUGUUCAUGGUUGCUAGCAAGUUUAUCACAUUGACUUUUAAAGACCCAGAUGGCUAUGGUGCCAAGCAAGAGCCAUUGAUUCUGACAGCUGUGACAAAAGUGGAGGAGGUACAUGUGCCAGAGGAAAAACAUUGGCCUGAAGAAUUCCAGCCAACUGGAAAAGCAUUUUCAGGAAAUCUGAUCCGCCAACCUCUGGUUCAUAUGGAAAGACUUGAGCUUCUCAGGAAUGUCUGCAGAGACACUGCAUUGAGAGAUCUCUCUCAUACUGCAGUUUCCAAAUUCGUCUUGGACCGAAUAUUUGUGUGUGACAAGCACAAGAUCCUGUUUUGUCAGACGCCAAAAGUGGGCAACACUCAGUGGAAAAAAGUCUUGAUCGUUUUAAAUGGAGCAUUUUCUUCCAUAGAAGAGAUCCCAGAAAACAUUGUACAUGAUCAUGAGAAGAAUGGCCUUCCACGCUUGUCCUCUUUCAGUGACUCUGAAAUUAAAAAACGACUGAAUUUAUACUUCAAGUUUUUUAUUGUUAGAGAUCCAUUUGAAAGACUUAUUUCUGCGUUUAAGGACAAGUUUGUGCACAAUCCUCGGUUUGAACCUUGGUACCGGCAUGAAAUAGCUCCCGGCAUCAUCCGUAAGUACAGGAAGAACCGCACAGAGACCAAAGGGCUGCAGUUUGAGGAUUUUGUGCGCUACCUGGGGGACCCCAAUCACCGAUGGCUGGAUCUUCAGUUUGGUGACCACAUCAUUCACUGGGUGACAUAUGUGGAACUUUGUGCUCCCUGUGAAAUCACAUACAGUGUGAUCGGACACCACGAGACCCUGGAGGACGAUGCUCCGUAUAUCUUGAAAGCAGCUGGCAUAGACCACUUGGUAUCGUACCCCACAAUCCCCCCAGGCAUAACAGUGUACAACAGAACAAAAGUAGAGAGGUAUUUUUCAGGAAUUAGCAAGAGAGACAUAAGACGCCUCUAUGCACGAUUUGAAGGUGAUUUUAAACUCUUCGGUUAUCGUGAGCCUGAUUUCUUGCUUAACUGACACCUGGGAUAAGAUCUGAAAAAGUGUCUCAUGGAUUAAUCUAAUCCUGUGUGAAUACCAGCUGCAACACUGGCAGAGCUGAGAAUGACCAUUUGUUUUCUAGCUUUUUGAUGUUGCUCCAUUUUUCAGUGAAAUAUUUGUCAUAUGAACAACUAGGGGCUUACAGUUGUUGUUUCCUGACCACGUUUUCAGUACAUUAUUGCAAUCUGUUAGGAAUUAUGUCUCUGUUAUCUAAAAUACAGAAUUUGUCUUCUCCCCUCUUCCCUCCAGGAAAAAGGAGGAAGAACAAAUGGGCUAUGAUCUUCCUCUCCUCCCAGACAGAAUGCCAUUUUUGAAAUGUUAAGUAUUUGUAAAGGUGACAAUUUCACUGUAGGUUAACCCUGACAUGAGGGUAAACAUAAUGAUUCCUGCUCAUGAGAAAGUCAUGUAGUCUCCCAUGAGCUUUGUAAAUGAGAGGCCAGUACAAGACUAGAAAUUAAUUAAAUGCUUGACAAAUAUAACCAUCUAGGUUCUGUCAUGUGGCUGCUACAAUAACGCUGAUCUAAUCCCAUUCUUGUUUGUCAAAAAAUGAACCUAAUUAGACAGAAGCUUUUAGGGAUGUACAAAAAUGAACUGGUUCCACAUCCCAAUUGUCUCUGUAUUUUUGUCAAGUGUUUACUGUAUUUACUACUGGUGUAUUGAGCCUCAUAAUUCUACUUUUGAUUUUCAAGAGAUUAUUUAACUCCUGGCUAUGUAAGUUAUGUGAGAACACCAGCUGCAAGUGGAGCAUAGAAGAAAUAUAAAACUCUUAAGGAAACUGUUAAGGAAAAUUAAUUUAAGUAUCAGUUGUAUUUGUGGGAGCACAUACAAUAAUCACAAGAUGCUCUCACACAAUUUAACUUGUCUUUUCUUCUAACAGUCAAGAUUAAUAAAGAAGUUACAAAAGCAA